UGAUCCGAACUAGACUCGUUAGUGGAGCUGUAGUUGAUUGGGGAACUGCAGCCACUACUACUACACUGUGUUCCUAGCCAGCUAUCGACUAUAUCCAUCUCAUCAACGGGAUGAUGUCGACUUUGUGCUCUCCUAGGAUGAACUUGUAUUCGGCAUUUCGGGGCGAUCUGAUCGACAGAGUAGCAAGGUUAGAGAAAGGGGUUAUUGGGUGAUGGAAGAGGCAAGCAUAGGAGAUUACCUGUUUCAGCAAGUUCCUUAUAUGUACAAGGAUCAAUGGGGAACGCUGAAUUUAAAAAAGCAAAGCAGUGCAACCAGUACCACUGAACAACGCUUUCACGGGCCGUGCAGUACAUUUUGUAUUGCCUCACAGCUUCAGUUUCCGCGCAACGUUCACCCCUUAAUCAGUUAAUCAUUACUCAUCGCCUUCUUGAACCGGACCACUGGGUUCGCACUGCUGCUUCUUCUAAUAGAAUAGGGUCCGUAAGUGUUGAUUAGAAGUCUGAUACUACUUUUGACCCGACCGUAUUAU